AUGGCAGAACCUCAGAGUGUGAUAACUCAGGUCUCUGCCGAGCAGGGUCUACCACCUGUAAUGCAAGAGCAAGGCCAGGAUUUUCUGGAUGACGACUCUCUGAUCCAUCUGAACAUCCAGGAAAAUCACUACUACAUAACCAGAGACCAGCUUAUGUCGCUGCCGGAGUCUCUUUUGCUGUGCCUGUUCCCAUCCGGGGUUUUUAUGGACAGGACCGGACAAGUGAUCACGAACUUGACAUCGCAGGACGAAGUGUACGUGGGCAACUUCCCGCCAGACUGUUUCGAGUACAUCAUGGAAAACUACGUGCGGGCACAGGAGGAUCUCAUCAAUUUCCCAGUGGACGAGAUUUUCGAUCGGGGCCAAACUGCUCACGAACCAUCCAGAUUUUUCGGGUUCGCGUCUCCUUCAAGCAUGCCCUCGUCGUCUUCCAACUCCGAAGCUGAAAUCCUGCACGAAAAACCAAGUUUAAUCGUGCUACGAGAAGACUUGGACUAUUACUGUGUGCCAGUUCAAACAAUAGCGUAUCCUGAGGACGCUUCUGAAGAUCAGAAAAUGGAGCUGAACGAGAACUUCAUCGCUCAGGUCAAGCUAGCUGCUGGCAGCUACUUGUCGUCGCAAACCAGCGUGUUCCAGGGGCUGCGUAGCUCCAACAGACUGAAAAGACCUGUUGGGGGCGCAUCACACGAGGCCCCCGGUAAGCUGGGGCCUGCAGAACAGCAUUUGAAGGAUAUGCUGUGCUCCUCGGGCUUCCACGACGGCUCUUUUUGGGGCAAUCGAGCCCAGGAGCCCGGCAAGACCGUGAUCAGCUCUUUGUCGUUAUGCCGUCUUAUGAAUGAAACCACGCAGGCGUUCCGUAACAGAUAUGAAGAAGCCAAGCGUAACUAUGAAGACAGGGCAGAAGCUUUGCGUGCCCAUUCGGAGUCGCCCUCGCUGACACCUUUGGUAUCUCACACGUCUCAGAGCACCGACAUGAAGAGGAAAUCCAGACUGUCGUCGCUGGCAGAUAACGUUCGCUCUCGUUCUGUAUCGCGAACCCGGUCGGGCUCUAGACAGCGUCAGGACGUGUCUCCAACUUUGUACGAGCUGGUUCCCAAGCCCGACAUCAACUCGAAACUGCUGCUGUUCUGGAAAAAGCCUGCUCGCAAAUGCUGGUGGGGCGAGGAAGAAUUGAAGCUGGAAUUGAAACUCUACGGCAAAUACGAUGCGGCCACGGGUACGUUGCUGCUGCUUCCCGAGGGUCCUAUUGUGACUAUAGAGGUUCCUGUCAAUCUACAUAUAAGAAGGGUCUGGACGCUGGAGCUGAGCGUUGUGGGUGUGGAAUGA